GCCUGGGACAGGGCUGGCCGCUCCGCCCCCUCGGCUCCUCGGCGGCUCUGCUGGAGGACGCCGGGCGGGCGCAGCGAGCAGAGCUGAGCCGAGCGCCGCACAUCCCGCCGCGCCCCGGUGCACGUCCAGCCCUCCGCACAUGCAGCGCAGUCUCUCGCCGAUUGUAUGAUCCAGACCUCGAUGAGGAGCCCAAAUAUGGAGACAUUCAAACAGCAGAAGGUGGAGGACUUUUAUGACAUCGGAGAGGAACUGGGCAGUGGCCAGUUUGCCAUCGUGAAGAAGUGCUUGGAGAAGAGCACGGGGCUGGAGUACGCAGCCAAGUUCAUCAAGAAGAGGCAGAGCCGGGCCAGCCGUCGGGGCGUGUGCCGGGAGGAAAUCGAGCGGGAGGUGAGCAUCCUGCGGCAGGUGCUGCACCCCAACAUCAUCACGCUGCACGACGUCUAUGAGAAUCGCACCGACGUGGUGCUCAUCCUUGAGCUAGUGUCCGGAGGAGAGCUGUUCGAUUUCCUGGCCCAGAAGGAGUCGUUAAGUGAGGAGGAAGCCACCAGCUUCAUUAAGCAGAUCCUGGAUGGGGUGAAUUACCUUCACACAAAGAAAAUUGCUCACUUUGAUCUCAAGCCAGAAAACAUUAUGUUGUUAGACAAGAAUAUCCCCAUUCCACACAUCAAGCUGAUUGACUUUGGCCUGGCUCAUGAAAUAGAAGAUGGAGUUGAAUUUAAAAACAUUUUUGGGACACCUGAAUUUGUUGCUCCAGAAAUCGUGAACUAUGAGCCCCUGGGACUGGAGGCUGACAUGUGGAGCAUUGGAGUCAUCACCUACAUCCUUCUAAGUGGAGCGUCCCCCUUCCUGGGAGACACAAAGCAAGAAACCCUGGCAAAUAUCACUGCUGUGAGUUACGACUUUGAUGAGGAAUUCUUCAGCCAGACAAGCGAGCUGGCCAAGGACUUCAUUCGGAAGCUGCUUGUGAAAGAGACCCGGAAACGGCUUACCAUCCAAGAGGCUCUCAGACAUCCCUGGAUCACGUCAAAAGGAGAAGCCAGAGCCCCUGAACAGUGGAAGACACAACCUGCCCAACUGAAGACCAAACGCCUGAGAGAGUAUACCCUCAAGUGCCACUCAAGCAUGCCCCCCAACAACACUUAUGUCAACUUUGAGCGCUUUGCUCAUGUGGUAGAGGAUGUGGCUCAGGUAGAUGAGGGAUGCCGUGCCCUAGCAGGAGCCCAUGACACCCUGCAGGAUGACGUGGAGUCCUUGGUCUCCAUCUACAAUGAGAAGGAGGCUUGGUACCGAGAGGAGAACGAGAAUGCCCGCCAUAACCUGUCCCAGCUCAAGUAUGAGUUCCGCAAGGUGGAGUCCCUGAAGAAGCUCCUGAGAGAAGACAUCCAGGCCACAGGGUCCAGCCUUGGAGGUGUGGCCAGGAAGCUAGACCAUCUGCAGGCGCAGUUUGAGACUCUGAGGCAGCAGCUCUCAGCAGACAUCCAGUGGAUGCAGGAACUGGUGGGCGUCUUCCAGCUGGAGAGUGGGCACACUGAUGGCCACAGCCUGGGCUCCAUGUUCCACCGGGACCCCAGUGAGUCCCUAUCGGAGCUGCUCAACAGAUCACAUACGGAGGGAAUCCUGGCCGGCUUGAAUCUCUGAGCACCAAGAUCUAGUCAGUAGUGUGUUCUCAGGGUUUUGUAGAAGCAUACUGCCUUCCCCUCUGCUGGGGCAUUCAACUGGAAGUAUCCUACAGGGUGUGUGUUUGCAGCCUUCCACUCCCUCUAGAGUCCCCCAGCCACUGGGGCCUUAGUAGGUCCUAGUUAGUGGACCUACUCUGUACUUCCCUCACCAGCCUGGUUUGCUGAGAGGGCGCUAGCAAAGCAGCUGAGCCAUGGAACCGAUUAGAAAGUAUAUCCCCUCAGCAUGCCCUUCUCUGGGGGUGUCUUCCGGCCCCCAGGAGAUAUUUCAUAGCUGGGUAAUGAUGAUGGAUUGGCUCACCUUUCACAUUCCACGUGCAUGUCGUAUGAGUGAAGAUCUUGGGUAAUGAUGGGCAUAGCUAAGAAUAAAUUGUUCAGCAGGGUACUUUCCUGUUACAGAGUCAGGGCUUUAAAAUACACAGAGAAAAUAUUAACUUUCUUUUGAAUUGUCUUCUUGCUCCUCAGGUCUUUAUGUCUGUGACCUUACUGGAUGCUUAAAGAACUCUGUGAGAUAAGAGGCUGGGAUUAUAGGUCAGUUUUUAGAGUGCUUGCCUAGCAUCCACAGAGCCCUGGGUUUGAUGCCCAGCACAGCAUAAAGUGGGCUUGGUGGUACAUAACCUCUAUUCCUGGUAUUUAAGAGGAGUCAGGAGGCUCGGAAGUUCAGAGUCAUCUCUGGCUACAUAUUGAGUUUGAGUUAAAGGCCAGCCUGGGCUGUAUGGGGCCCUGUCUUGGCAGGGCAGGGCUCUGUGAGCUGAGAAUAAGGUCAGUGUUAUUCCUAUUCAUUUCCCUGUAACUGAUGAAGAAGUUGAUGCAGAGAAAGAGAACUGGCAUAGGAGCGUUCACAGCGAGUUGCCAUCCUAUCUUUGAGGUGAGGUAUGGAGGAAGAAGUUCAGUGAAGCUUAACUGUAGAUAUUCAUCUUGAUAGUAGAGUUCAAAUCCCAGAGGCUAAAGGUCUGAUUUUACAUUGAAGAUGAAGACAAGAGACACAUAACAAGGAGGUCUUUAUUCUCCUAUACUAGGCCUGUGGGCCCUGAAGUCUGGGAAAUCCCAGAGGGCUUUGGGAAGCACAAGGCUCAUUGGUCUCUUCUAGCUCCAAAACUUUGAGCAUCAUGGGGAUAGUGGGAUGUCAUCUCCCCUUCCUAGGAGAAAGGCCAAUCAAUAUAUCCAUGCAGACGGUGUGUAGAGUAUGGACCCUGGGCCCCACAUGGUACUAGAAACUAGGGGCACACUGUAAUGUUUCAAGUACCUCCAUAGCCACACAAAAUAUCCAUCAGAUAUUAAUAUUAAGUAUCAUUGCCAGAUUAGGAAGGAAACCAAGAAAGAAUGUGACUUGUCCUGUGUCACAUUAGUGGUAACAAUGGGAGCUUUCUGAUGAGUCUGUCACUCUUUCUGAUUCCUUUAACUGCUUGCACUUUAGGAACUUGCUCUGUGUUUGAGGAGGUGGGUGGUACCCAAGUUCACCCAUCCAUUCAGAUACAGUUAGUAGGCACCUGCCAGUUUCCAAAAAGUUGACUUGAGUCUGGAGAUGGGGUGUUAUAUAAUAUCAAGCCGAUUUUUUGACUUCCUCAGAGUUCUCAGUUGAGUGACAGAUUCUAGAAUUCCUUAUGAAUUAUACAAAUGCAGAACUCCAUCUGUUUCCUAUGCUGUGAAAGAGAAGGGGGCAACAUUAUAAGGCUUGGAGAGACGGAUGGAGUGAGGAAGGGAGGGAUGUAGAUAGAGACAGAAUUGGGUUGAUCUGCUCAGGUGACCAUGUAUGGAGGACACUAGGACUGUGGUCAGCUAAGUAAACCCUGGGAGAGAGCUGUCCCUUGUAGGCUGUCAUGCCAAGGUUCUGUGAUGAGAAGGGAAUGGAGGGAAAACCAAAGGAGAAAGAAUGGGGUAUGUAUAGUGUAGCGAGCAGGCUAUGUAUGGUGUAGAGAGCGGGGUAUGUAUAGUAUAGAGAGUGGGGUAUGUAUAGUGUAGAGAGCAGGGUAUGUAUAGUGUAGAGAGAAGUUAUGUAUAGUAUAGGGAACAGGUAUGUAUAGUGCAGAGAACAGGAUAUGUACAGUGUAGGGAGCAGGAUAUGUAUACUGUAGAGAGCAGGGUAUGUACAGUGUAGGGAGCAGGAUAUGUAUACUGUAGAGAACAGGGUAUGCACAGUGGAGAACGGGCUGAGGAAGAGCAAAGCCAGCAGGGCUUUGGCAUGUUGAGUUCUGCCUUUGUUCCCAGGUCACCAGCUGCCAUUAUUGGGUCCUGGGCUAGUGUUGAAGGAGAAAUUCUCAGUGGGCAGCACAGAUUAGAUUUUGAUCUAAUAAAGUCAUUCUCUAGAAUCCCGUUGUCUUUUUUUUUAAUUAGUAAGCUGAAUCAUUUAAAGUAUCACAUAUAAUAACCACAAUAGAAACCAUUUUAGUCAAACACAAGAAACCAUAAUUUUAAGAUGCAUGAUUAUUUUAUGGACAAUUAAGAAAGAAAAAAUUCCUGUCAUGGGCAGUCCUCUAGGAGAUGCACAGGGAGAGAGCAAACAGGGCACAGCACCACCAUGCAGAAGAGAGUGGUAAACACACCUGGCUCAACUUUGACCCUAGGAAGAGAUGGAAAAACUUGGAGCAGGAGGCCUGGCUACCUUUGCAACAUUACUCUUUGGGUUUGGACCACAUUGGUGUAAGCCAGAAGAACUUCAGGCGUGGACUGCUGUGCCCCACAGUCGAAGGCUGGGUGACCCCACCUGACUCACUGAAACUCUGCAGUCUUUUCUCUAGAUGGCCUGCCUCACUGGAGGCCCACAGUGAUAAGAUGCCUCACUGGAGGCCCACAGUGAUGAGAUACCUCACUGGAGGCCCACGGUGAUGAGAUGCUUCACUGGAGGCCCACGGUGAUGAGAUGCCUCACUGGAGGCCCACGGUGAUGAGAUGCCUCACUGGAGGCCCACGGUGAUGAGAUGCCUCACUGGAGGCCCACGUUGAUGAGAUGCCACACUGGAGGCCCACGGUGAUGAGAUGCAGCAUUGGAGGCCCAUGGUGAUGAGAUGCCUCACUGGAGGCCCACAGUGAUGAGAUGCUGAUGAGGUGCUGAUGGUGUCUGCAAUUUGACACUGCUCAUCCUAGGAUGAAGGAAAGACUACAGAACCCUGUGCUUUAUGCUAAAGACAAAUGAUUCUCAGUCUUGUGUGCCCUGUCACAGGAUGUCAUAUACUUGUUUGGUACAAGACACCAUGAAUAUUAAAAGUCCCUUUGGAUGCAUCAGCAGACCUUGACAUUUAUAUUGGGUUUCCUAAAAAGAGAAAGGCCAUGGGUGCAAGCAUGCUGAGUGAGCCUUCUUUGAAGGCCAAAGUAAAUGCAAGAAGAUUUAAUUGAUGGCCAUGACUUGAUUAGGGAAGAUGGGGAAGGGAGGGAGAGCUGGUUUUCUUGGGUUUGUGGAAUCCGCUACUCUGUCCAUGCUAAAAGGGUCCUCAGAGAAGACUGUGGCCUUCCUGUGUUGCCUGACACACAAACUCCUUUCUCCUAAGGCAUCACAACCUGAUGCACAGGGGUGUCUGAGGAAGCCCGUGGAAGGAAUGCAACCAGUGAACCUGCUGGCUCCUCACAGGCUUAUAGCUGGCAUUUUAAUAUCCACCUGGGGCACAGGGCUGUCAUGGCAGGAUGGGGGACAGGGAGUAGAGUGCCUCACUAGGACCUAGAGGAAGGGAGCCGGGAACAGAGGUCAGCAUACUGGUCUAUGAGCCUCUGUCACCAUUGGGAUCUUCUGCAUUUAGGGAGGGUAUACUUAUAUAUGGGGGUACACAUAUGCAUGUAGGUACAUUACAUACAAAUGUGUGUGUAUGUGUGUGUGUGUAUGUUUGUGGAAGCCAGUGGUCAACUUUGGUUGUCAUUCCUCUGGAGCGAAUCUUCCUUGGUUUAUUUUUGAGAGCCUCUGGCUGCAUAUCCCUGGCAGACCUGAAACUGGCUAUGCAGACCAGGCUGGCCUCCGACAGAGAUCUACCUCCUCCUUAUUGGGAUCGAAGGCCUGUUCCACCACACCCAGCUCAUCCACCUUGCUUUUUGAGACAGAGUCCACUUAGACCAGGCUCGCUGACCCCUGAGCCCCCGAGAUCUGCUUCUUUUGGCCUCCAAGGCACUAGGAAUACAAGUACACACCACUGAGCCUGGCAUUUUACCUAGGGAUCAAACUCAGGUCCUCAUGCUUGUGCAGUAAGCACUUUGCUGACUAAGACAUCUCCUGGACCCUCAUGAAGGAUUUUUAAUUUACCAGACUUUAAAUUAAAGCUUGGCUUCAUGCUCAGUUUAAGUAUCAUCUGUCAGGAGGGCAGGGAGGGUAACAUAUCCCGGAAAAGCAGUUCCUGAGGAAGUUAGGAGGGAGGCCCUUGGGCAGGAUGCUGUCCUAUCCUGAAGCAGAUAUAGCCAUGGCUGCCCUGGCCACGAGUGGUAGUGGAUGGUUUUGCAGAUUCUGAAGGUUGAUGAGAAAGAAUUGGAGCAGAGCAGAGAGAGUGAUCGUAAUAGGAGAACCAGAGACGACUCCUCAGCGUCUGCACCUGAGGUGGCAAUGACAGCAGUAGCUUCCUCCUCACAGCCCAGGCAGUGUGCCCAGACAUAACCACCUCAUCACCGUCAAACCUUCUAGAAAUGCCUGUGGAGCUGAAUGGCCUUUCUCCUUUGUGAAGUUCUUGGCCUGUGGGGAAGGUUCUUGGCCCUGAAGACUAAAACUAGUGGUGGGCAUUAUUGGAGUUGCAGAGGGGUCAGUUCAGUUGAAUAAACACCUGUUGUGUUCUGGUUCUAGGGGGAGGUGAUGGAUUAGGUAAUGGCAACCCCAAAAAAGAGCAGCAGUAUACUUAGUUCACAGUUGAUAGGGAUAGAUACUUCUUUAAGGAUGUAGCUGCUGGUAAACCCACCUAGGCUCAUGUAAACAGCCCUCAUGAAUCUCACUGGGACACACACACACACACACACACACACACACAGGCAUUAGUUGGAAGGAGGAAGGGGAUUAGUAAAAGAGUAGGAAGGAUUCAUGGGUGUGAAUAUGAUUGAAAUAUAUUAUGCUCGUGUCUGAAAAUGUCAUAAUGAAACCCUUUAUUAAAUAUAAGUAAUAUUUGCCAAUAAAAACAUUUUUAAAAG